UCUGCCACCCCAGCUCGCCAAAACGAUGACGUUUGAGUCGCCCCUCCCCGUGUAGCUCUGGUCUCACACCAGGUGGACGCGAUCAUCCGGCUUGGGCAACCCCGAAGCCUGAACUCAUCCACGCCAUUCAUUGCCUGGUCACAGGUACUGAUCCCAAACCCAUAAAACUCCAUUCCCCUCCAAGACCCGUCGUUUAUCCCACCUUCCAGUCGUUCUCUUCCACUCCAUCAAGCUCCUGCUCCCAACUCCCCGACAAACCCUUAAGAAUCCGUAGGCCUUUCUCCUACCGUUGCCAUCUCGAAUCAAUCGAGCCUUCUCGAUACACCAAGCAUCAUGUCGGCCCCAAACACAGUGACGGUCAAGAACAUCUCGGCCAAGACCGCCGACAAGGAGAUCCGUGAUUUCUUUGCAUUCUGCGGAAAGAUCGAGGACCUCCAGGUUGUCGCCGAGGGCGAGACCAAGAGCGCCACUGUCAUCUUCCAGAAGGAGACGGCAGCCAAGACCGCUCUGCUGCUCAACAACACGCAACUCGGCCCUUCACACAUCUCGGUCACCUCUUCGGCCGAGUCUCUCCAGGAUGACGCCCACAACGAGAAGGACAACGCCGAGCGGGACUCGGAUGAGAUAACCCAGGAGGAGAAGCCCCGCUCUCGCAUUCUGGCCGAGUACUUGGCCCACGGUUAUGUUGUCGGCGAUGCUGCCUUGCAGUCGGCAAUCGAGCUGGACCACAAGCAUGGCGUCUCUUCCCGUUUCCUUGGAACCCUUACCAACCUUGACCAAAAAUACCACGCAACGGACCGGGCCAAGACUGCGGACCAGAGCUACGGCAUCACCAGCCGUGCGAACAGCCUCCUCACCGGACUCAGCUCCUACUUCGAGAAGGCUGUAAACACGCCCACCGGCAAGCGAGUCGUUGACUUCUACACACAGUCCCAGCGGCAGGUCCAGGAUAUCCACGCCGAGGCCCGACGCCUCGCCGAUCUCAAGACUGAGGAAGCCGGCGGCAGCGCAUACAAGGCCUCUGGCUUCGAGAAGGUUUUUGGUGCUGAGAAGCCCAAGAACGCUGCUGGCGACGCUGGAGCCCCCGGCACGAGCACAACCCCAGCUGCCGUCCCAGGCACAGUUCCGGCGACAGGUGCACCUAUCACUACCGAGAAGGCCAAGACACAGACAAUCGAGCCCGCACCCGAGUCGUAAAGCUUCUGGUCGACGACACUAAUUUUUAAUGGGGUCUUUUCUGUUUCUUCUGCGAGUGGCGAUCAGGGAGGAGGACUUGAAGUGCGUUACGCAAGCCCGGGUGUGCGUGUGUCCCGAAAGCUAGACUUGUGAGAGAUCGGUGGCAACCCCAUUCCUCCUGACCAUGAACCCUCUCAUCAUUUUAUGCCAGCGAAAUAGGGCCUUGGGAGAUGCGUCCUGCCGACAGCCUUAGGCUACUGCACCCCAGUUUGCAUUCUAAAAUCUCAAUGAUAUCCCCUUGCCAAAGCUGUCUCUCGGUGUGACAUCUGUUAUCGGAACCAAAAGUUGACAGAGGCGUUUAGCAUCCCGUCCCCCGAUUCGCUCUGGACACUGUGCCACCAGCCCCCGG